AUGGCUGAAAAUGACAUAGAGAAAACAGGUUUUAGAUCCCAGAAUGGUCACUAUGAAUUUGUGGCUCAUUUGCAACAUAUGGUGCACAAUUUUGAAGUGUUGAAAGAGUAUAGCAUGUUUGUUAAGCUGAGUAAAUGUUCUUUUGGCAAAAUUGAAGUUGAUUAUCUAGGUCACAUUAUCACUCAACAAGGAGUGAUUGCUUAUCUUGAGAAAAUUAAAGUCAUGAAAGAGUGGCAUGUCCCUACUAAUUUGAAGGGACUUAAAGGAUUUUUAGGGUUGACAUGGUAUUAUAGAAGGUUUGGCAAAGAGUAUGGGUUAAUUGCCAAACCAAUGACUGACUUACUCAAGAAAGACAAGUUUGAAUGA